UCCAAACCCUAAUAUACCCCAAUCCUUUUCAUUUGAUCCCAAGAUCGAGCUCGCCAUGGAUGAAUCAUGGCGAUUCCGGCCGGCGCAAGGUCACCUCUGCCCCGUUUGUUCGAUUCCUCACUUCCCUUUCUGCCCGAUUCCUCCGCCGCCGCUGACUCACGCCUUCGACCGCUACCAUACCGCUGCCGACGAGUUCCAUCGCUUCCCUCCCGGACUUGCCCCACCGUUCCCUCACGAACCUCCUCCCUGGGAUCACCGGGAGCCGCUACCGAUUCCGUACGCACCUGAACCCUGGGGCGUGAAUCGACCCUUUGAGAGGAAUCCCUUACGUCCUGUUACCCAUCCGCCGCAGCGGUUUCUCCAAGAUGAAUUCUUGGGAGGAGAGACCUCCUAUAAGAGGAUGCGUGUUGAAGACUCGCUCAUGGGUACUUUCCACACUCCGUCGUCGCACGAUCGUUAUGAGUUCGCUCCUGGGAGGACCUCGUCUGAUAAUGAGCGUAGGCUUAAUUUGAUUCGAGAUCAUGGGAAGCCGAACCCUGUGGAAGGGCCGCCACGAUCUAGUGGCGAGUUUCUGCCAGAUAGAUUUGUGCGUGAUGGUAUGCUUCCACCAGAUACGUUCGUCUUUAAUGGUCCGCAGAAUCAGUACAGGGACGUUGUGGUAGAUCAUGGCUUUGAUGGCCCAAGGAUUAGUUCUGUUGGCAGAAGUGGUCAAAUCUUGCCUUUUGAAUCGACUUUUGGAUCCCAGAACCAGUUUUUGCGACCAACUCCAUUGGAAGAACAUCGGAAUUUUCCAGGAGCUUUGAGUUCUCAGGGUGAUGAUCAGUUUGUGUCACGUGAAAGAUUGGAUUUUGAAAGAGUUGGGCCGAAUGAUUCACGUUUGGGUGAGUAUAGAAAUGCGCAUUAUGAGAGAGAGGAUUUUGGCAGGGGCCCAGAGGUUGGAAAUGUUCACUCUGACAUUUCUUUUCAGCGGUAUGACAGCUGCAAGGAUGGUGGUUCUAUGUCUAGUUCAGAAUAUAAUGCAGCCCAUGUAAAAGACAAACAGCGCUUUUCUGUGAUGGGUCAUCGAGUUAUAUAUUGUACACCGGAUUAUGUAUCAUGCAGCAAACUUGAUGGGUAUGACCAGCAUGAUUUCCAAGAGCUUCAUCCAUCUAAGAAUUCCCCUUAUCCAUUGCCAAAGCAGCCACAAUAUUCAGAACAGGGAAGCCAUCAUCUUGCACAAGAUACAGUUGGUAAUGAACUGAAAGGCUCCUAUCCAGCAUUUGGAGACCCUACAGGAAACAUAUUUGAUCUCACGAACCAAUGGACUGAGGCUCCUGAAUCUAAAGUUCCAGAUGCCAAUGAUAUUCACAGACUGUUAAAACCAGUAAAUUACACAUUGGUAGAACAGUCUAGUGCAAAGAAUCAUGUUGUACAAGGUGGUCUGCGACCCUUGCCUGGAAUGAAUAACAGUAAUGGCAUGAUAGAGGAAAUGCAUCGUCAAAUACAUACUCCUGGACUAUAUCCUUCUGUAUCACCACCACCUCUUUCAGCUGGACAUCGUGAACCAUUUCUAAAUCACAUCCCAGCGACAUCUUCAGUGCCAAGUGUGCCACCACCAACAUUGUUUCCUGUUCUAGCAAGUGCUUCAGGAACAACAUCCCUUCCACCUAAUCAAAUAUUCCCGGACCCUCAUGCUUUACCACGAGGCAGCGGCUAUGCUGAGCAACCUCCUCAUCCUACUGAGAUAGUUUCGGAGGAUUUGCAUCCCAUCCAACAAGCACCAUUAAAGCAGUAUCCAGAAGCAGUACCAAAUGUUUCAGCGAAUCGGCCUUUUAACAUUAAAUCAACUAUUGUUGAUGUUUGUGACUUGCUUAAGCAACCACAUCGUGCAUCUCGUCCUGAUCAUAUUGUUGUCAUCCUUCGUGGACUUCCAGGUUUCUUUUCUUUCUUAAAUUCUAACCUUGCAUAUCGGUCGAGCAUGUUGAAAGCAUUUAAGAAGACUCUUGAAGAAGGAAUAUUCACAUUUAUAAUUGUGGAUGACCGCAAUCUGCGGGUAGCUGAUUUUGCUCAAUUUUGGGCAGUUGCUAAGAGAUCGGGCUAUGAGGUAUACUUGCUGGAAGCUCCAUAUAAAGAUCCAACGGGUUGUGCUGCUAGGAAUGUGCAUGGUUUUACCCAAGAAGACAUACAAAAGAUGGCAGAAAAAUGGGAAGAAGCUCCACUUUUAUACCUGCGACUUGAUAUCCAGUCAUUGUUCCGUGGGGAUGAUCUGAAUGAGCACUCUAUUCAAGAGGUUGACAUGGACAUCAAUGAUUCGGACUGUGAUGAUGAUGGUACCAAGUUGCAGGAUGAGGAAAGCCUUAAGCCUUCUGAACCAAAAUCAGUGGAUUAUGUACCUGAUAAAGAUUUAUCAAAAGUUGGAGAAAAAUGGGACUCUGAAGAAGAGGAGGAAGGACAGACGAGAAUCAAAGAAUUAGGGAGCAGUAAAUGGUCAAAGGAUUUGGAAGAAGAUAUUGAAAACUCAGAAAAUGUCAGAGGAAAUAUAAAUGCUCUUUCUGGCCUAAUUCAAGCUUAUAGCAAGAGUGGAAAAUCUGUUCACUGGGGUGAUCAGGCUGACAAGAGUGGAUUUUCAAUUGGUGCUAUGAAGAAACAAAUUUCCUUGAUCAUUGGUCCAGGAUCAGGUUACAAUUUGGCCUCGAAUCCGAUGGUUGAAGACCAGGAUUCUGUGGGAGCAACUGAGAGCAGUAGUAUGAGUGAAUCAAAAAGACGAUUUAGUGAAAAACUACGUGCUGAGCAUGAGUCUUUCAGAACUAUUUUCAACAAAAGACGGCAGCGCAUCGGAGGGUUCUUCAAUAUGGAAGAUGACUAGGACAGUCAUGGCAUUUUGCUAUAUCUGAGUUCUGGUGUUCCUUAUCCUCUAACCACAUCAUGCAUACAUCAAGUUGGGCUGUUGCUCAGAUGGUCUCUGGAGAUGAGGUCAUUGCUUAAAGCCUCCCAAGAAACAUCAAGGGGCCGGUUUGAUGCCCCUGACAAUUCGCCAACUCCAUUGCUCAUUUAAGCAGGGGGAAGCAAGUUAUCUCACUCAUGGGAAAACCUAUUACAAAAUUUCCGAUACCUUUGAUGUCAACGAUGUUUAUUGGGGAUGACGAACAACAUAUUCAGUAUUCAUGCUCGUUCUGCUUUGCAGAUUUGUUCAGCAGAUUGUCGCUGCAAUAACUCUAUCGGCUGCUGUAUAAUGAUUUGUAAGCAUCCAGAACAUCAGACAAAAUGCCACAGAAGUGGAUUCAUAUUGUUAGUUUCCUUUCUGAUGAAAUUUCAUUUUAAGAGCUUUUGCAAAAAUUGUUCUUCUGGCAGCAAGUUUUGUGGUGUAACAGUAUUCAACAUAUAUAUAUAUAUAAUCUGGAUGGUGUACUUAGUUUUUUUUAA